UAUUUUCUGCAGCUCAUAUUCCGCUGUAUUGCGCAGCGAAAUAAAAUCUGUCACAUUCACACAAAAAUACCUUUCAAUAUGCAAACAAGCGUCACGACGAAGAUGUUUACUCGGUUUUGUGUGUUUCUUCUUUAUGGGACAUUGCCUUCACUUCAAGCAGAGAAACACUCGCUGUAUUACAUUUACACGGCUUUGUCCAAACCUGUUGAUCUGCUGGGCAUCUAUCAAUUCACUGCUAUGGGUCUGCUAGACGACAUACAGAUUGACUAUUACAAUAGUGAGGAACAGAAGAAGAUUCCCAAACAGACCUGAAUGAAAGAGAAAAUGCAGGAGGAUUACUGGGAAAAAGGCACCCAGUCCAGAAAGAGCAAAGAACAGUGGUUUAAUGUGAAUAUCGACAUUCUGAUGAAACGCAUGGGACACAAUGAAUCAGAUCUUCAUGUUCUUCAGUGGAGACACGGUUGUGAAGUUGAGCAGCAGGGAAGUGAACUUGUGUUUUCCAAAGGCAUCAGUGAGUACGCCUAUGAUGGAGACAACUUUCUGUCUUUUGAUGAUAAAGAGUCUCAGUGGGUCGCUCCAGUUGACGCAGCUCUACCAACCAAGAGAAAAUGGGACAAUGUGCCAAUCCUAAACCAGUACACCAAAGGCUACCUGGAGAAAGAGUGUGUGGACUGGCUCAACAAAUUCAGAGAAUAUGCAGGCGAGGAGCUCAGAAAAGCUUCUUCUACUGAUGUUCACGUGUUUGCAAGGAAAUCCAGUGAUGAAACCAAGCUGAAACUCUCUUGUAUGGCCACCGGAUUCUACGCCAAAGACGUGAUGAUGACCAUUAGGAAAUAUUGCACAUCUCUUCCUGAAGAUGAGACUGAAUCCACAGGAGUCAGACCAAACCAUGAUGGGACCUUCCAGCUGAAGAAGAGUGUGGAGAUCCAGGAGGAUGAAAAAGCAGAAUAUGAUUGUUUUGUGUCCCACAGAACCUUCAAAUCAAUUACACUAAAACUUGGACAAGCUACUGAAUCAUUGAAUGCUGAAACACCUGCUGGACGAGAGAGAGCUGGUGAAAAAUCAGACAGCAGUAUGAGUGUCCUUCCAGAGAAAGUCAUUCAAAGAGAGAAACACUCGCUGUAUUACAUUUACACGGCUUUGUCCAAACCUGUCGAUCUGCCGGGCAUCUAUCAAUUCACUGCUAUGGGUCUGCUAGACGACAUACAGAUCGACUAUUACAAUAGUGUGGAACAGAAGAAGAUUCCCAAACAGACCUGGAUGAAAGAGAAAAUGCAGGAGGAUUACUGGGAAAAAGGCACCCAGUCCAGAAAGAGCAAAGAACAGUGGUUUAAUGUGAAUAUCGACAUUCUGAUGAACCGCAUGGGACACAAUGAAUCAGAUCUUCAUGUUCUUCAGUGGAGACACGGUUGUGAAGUUGAGCAGCAGGGAAGUGAAUUUGUGUUUUCCAAAGGCAUUAAUGAGUACGCCUAUGAUGGAAACAACUUUCUGUCUUUUGAUGAUAAAGAGUCUCAGUGGGUCGCUCCAGUUGAUGCAGCUCUACCAACCAAGAGAAAAUGGGACAAUGUGCCAAUCCUAAACCAGUACACCAAAGGCUACCUGGAGAAAGAGUGUGUGGACUGGCUCAACAAAUUCAGAGAAUAUGGAGACGAGGAGCUCAGAAAAGCUUCUUCUCCUGAUGUUCACGUGUUUGCAAGGAAAUCCAGUGAUGAAACCAAGCUGAAACUCACUUGUAUGGCCACUGGAUUCUACGCCAAAGACGUGAUGAUGACCAUUAGAAAAUAUUGCACAUCUCUGCCUGAAAAUGAGGUUGAAUCCACAGGAAUCAGACCAAACCAUGAUGGGACCUUCCAGCUGAAGAAGAGUGUGGAGAUCCAGGAGGAUGAAAAAGCAGAAUAUAGUUGUUUCGUGUCCCACAGAACCUUCAAAUCAAUUACACUAAAACUGGGACAAGCAAUUAAAUCUUUGAAUGCUGAAACACCUGCUGCAGGACGAGAGAGAGCUGGUGAAAAAUCAGACAGCAGUGUGACUGUCCUUCCAGAGAAAGUCAUUCAAAGCGAGAAACACUCGCUGUAUUACAUUUACACGGCUUUGUCCAAACCUGUCGAUCUGCCGGGCAUCUAUCAAUUCACUGCUAUGGGUCUGCUAGACGACAUACAGAUUGACUAUUACAAUAGUAAGGAACAGAAGAAGAUUCCCAAACAGACCUGGAUGAAAGAGAAAAUGCAGGAGGAUUACUGGGAAAAAGGCACCCAGUCCAGAAAGAGCAAAGAACAGUGGUUUAAUGUGAAUGUCGACAUUCUGAUGAAACGCAUGGGACACAAUGAAUCAGAUCUUCAUGUUCUUCAGUGGAGACACGGCUGUGAAGUUGAGCAGCAGGGAGAUGAAGUGAAUUUUUCCAAAGGCAUUAAUGAGUACGCCUAUGAUGGAGAAAACUUUCUGUCUUUUGAUGAUAAAGAGUCUCAGUGGGUCGCUCUAGUUGAUGCAGCUCUACCAACUAAGAGAAAAUGGGACAAUGUGCCAAUCCUAAACCAGUACACCAAAGGCUACCUGGAGAAAGAGUGUGUGGACUGGCUCAACAAAUUCAGAGAAUAUGCAGACAAGGAGCUUAGACACGGCUCUACUCCAGCUGUUCAUGUGUUUGCAAAAAGGUCUAUCAAAGAUAAAUCCAAGUUAAAACUCAUCUGUCUGGCCACUGGCUUCUACCCCAGAGACGUGACAAUGGGCAUUAGGAAAUCUUGCAAAUCUUUGCCUGAAGAUGAGGUUGAAUCCACAGGAAUCAGACCAAACCAUGAUGAAUCCUAUCAGCUGAGGAAGAGUGUGGAGAUCAAGGAGGAUGAAAAAGCAGAAUAUGAUUGUUUUGUAUCCCAUAGAGCCCUCAAAGAACCAAUUAUCAUCACAUGGGGUAAUUAAAACAAUGUAGUUUUUGCUUGUGAUAUCCUCAUUUCACCCUGGAAGCGUAUAUGUGAGUGUAAGAUAGUGUUUUUAAGCUCUACUUUAAAUCAUUUUAACAUGUUUUGUGUUGUUUGUGAUUUCUGUCUAUUGUGUGUGUUUUUUGUACCCAAAUAAUUAAUUUUCUACAUGAGUUACUCAUGUAGCUUAGCUGACAUUAAUGCGAUGGCUUUCUGAAUGCAGCACAGAUGCACUGUGCAUGCAUUGACAUUUUGUUUAGAAUAAAUAUAAUGGAUUGCAAAGGGUUCAUAUAAACAAAACUUUCAGACACUGAAAUGGGAUCAGAUUCAUUCAGAUUGACAAAGAUUAAUGCAUGUAAAUAUACUGAUAGUGUUAUUCAAGCUUUUAUAACAUAACUUUAAAAGAAAAGA